AUGCCAGAGUUCGGAGGCUUUCCCACUUAUACCAAGCAGUAUCACCACGAGCCCUAUGCGGCAAUCGCCCCUACACGUCCCGAGCUGUCUACCCAGGGGAAGAAUGUUGUCAUCACUGGUGGCGGCGGCGCAAUCGGAACCGCCAUGGCUCUGAGCUUUGCCCAGUCAGGUGCCUCGAGCAUCGCUCUCCUGGGACGCACAGAAGCCGCCCUGCUGAAAAGCAAGCAGGCUGUGAACGCUACAUAUCCUACAACAGACGUGUACGUCGUCAAAGCUGACGUUGCCGACGAAGCAUCUGUGCGAACCGCGCUGGAGAAGUUUGCGUCCGUCGCGGGGAAGAAGCUCGACAUUCUCGUUGCCAACGCCGGUGUCCUGCCUGACGCUGGGACGGUGCUGGCAUCUGAUGCGUCUCAGUGGUGGUCCGGGUUCGAGGUCAACGUGAGAGGGCAGUUCAACCUCGUCCGAGCCUUUGUGCCUCUGGCCGAGAAUAACGCGACGCUCAUCAACGUGACAAGCUCGGUUGCCCAGCUCCCCUUUGUUCCGGGCUCCAGCAGCUACCACGGCUCCAAGCUGGCUGCGGUCAAGCUCUUUGACUAUCUGCAUUUCGAGAACCCGGAGCUGAGGGUGUUGCAGUUCCACCCCGGCGUGGUGCAGAGCAGCAUGUCGCAGAAGUCGUUUGAUUCGGGCAUCCCAAGGCCUACAAUGGACGAUGCUUUUCUCCCUGGCAAUUUUGCAGUCUGGUGUGCCAGCUCCGAGUCAGAGGGCCUUCGAGGCCGAUUUCUGUGGGCAAACUGGGACGUUGAGGAGCUCAAGGACAAGGCAAAGGAGUUUGGAAGUGGUCCGCAGCUGACGAUGGGUCUGAUCGGAUGGCCGUAA